AUGACAAAUUUAUCCGAUAUGCCCGACGAUGUGCUCAUCAAACUUUUCAACAUCACUUCGCCACGUGACGUCACACGUGUCAAACGAUUGAAUCGACGGUUUAAUGGCGUUGUUGAGGGUUACAAUUUGGGAAAGCCACGUGUCAGAGAGUUACGGUAGGUGAUUUUGGGCGGGAAAUUUGAAAAUUUCAUAGAAUUUUGAAGACUUUGAGUGGAAAUUUGACGAAAAUCCGAUUUUUGGCUCAAAAAUGACCUGAAAUUCAGGUUUCUAGCUCAAAAUUCAUCAAAAAUCAUGAAUUUUGGCUCAAAAUGCUCCAAAAAUGCUCAUUUUCUUCCAGAAUUCAAACGCGCUCCACCGAACAACCUCCAAAAAUCGGGCGAAUUCGAUUUGGCGCCAAAACCCCGGAAAAUUUAGCGCCGCCAAAAAAACUGGUGCUCACAAUGAAGCACGGCGAGAAAGGCCAAAAGAUUGUGGAAAACGAGCCGACAUGCUCCAAAUCCGCGUUUAUUGAGGAGAAUUUGAGAAAGGUGAGUACUGUAGGGGUACUGUAGGCGUUUUCGCGCCGAAAUUUGACGCAUUUUGAUACCCAAUAUGCCUGGGGUACUGUAGGGGUACUGUAGAUCAAAUUUUCGCGCGAAAAUUUCAGUUUUUCAAUUUUUUUUUGAAAAAUGCAGGCCGGACCUUUUGGAGCCAAAAAUCAGGCUUUUUUAAACCGGGGCCUAUUUCAUGCCUAAAUCCAGGAUUAUUUAGGCUCAAAAUGCUCCAAAUGUGAAUUUCUGGUCAUUUUUGAGCUAAACCAAUGAGAUUUGUGCUCAAAAUGCUCCAAAUUUGAAUUCCAGCUCGAUUUUCAGCCAAAAAUUCCAUUUUUUCCAGAUCGUAAUCAAUGAAACCCUGAAUUUGGAAGGUCUAACAAUCGACGAAGAAUUUCACAAAACCCUCUGCGCAAAAUGGAACGAUUUAUCGAAAAUCGAAAAUCUCUCGCUGAAUUUUUGCAAAAUCGAAAUCCCUAUGGAAAAAUUCGCAAAUUUGCUCGAAAAAAUGCGGCUCAAAAGUCUGGUUUUCGAUUUUUGCACAUUUGAGCCAAGUUUGAUUUGCGAUCGACUUUUCGAAAAUCUGAAAAUGCUGGAAAUCCUCAAAAUUCAGCCAAGAUCUCAUUGUUUUUUCGAAAAAUUCACCGAUUUUACGCUAACUUCAUGGAAAUCGCGUGGAUUUGUGCCAAAAGAAAUCGGAUUAUACAAUUGUGCCACGUCGAUAUCGAUUGAGGGAAUCAGGAAUUUGAUGGAGGUGAGUUUUUUGCGAUCAUUUUGAGACCAAACAUGGUACAGUAACCCGGGUUACUGUAGAUUUUUGGCGCGAAAAUUUGCUUCAAAAUGACACCAAAUAGGAAUAUUUUAAUGGGCCGUGAAAAAUGGCUCAUUUUGAUAUCCAACAUGGUACAGUAACCCGGGGGUACUGUAGAUUUUUGUUAUCAAAUUUGGGAUUAUUUUGAAGCCCUUGAAAUUCGCUUCAAAAUGAGGUACAGUAACCCUAAGGGUACUGUAGAUUUUGUUACCCAUUUUUAGAUCAUUUUGAAGCUCUUGAAAUUCUCUACAAAAUGAGGUACAGUACCCGGGGGUACUGUAGCUUUUCUCGUCGAAACUCUGAAAUUUUUGAAUUUUAUUUGAGCUCUGAAAAUCCACGUGGAAUUUUUCAUCUCUACAGUAAUCCUAGUCUCAUUUGGUAUCAAAACACGUGGAUUUUUCGCGCCAAAACCUACAGUACUCUCGAAAAAAAUCAAUAUUUUCAGACAAUUCCAACUCAAAAAAUCGACUGGGAUUUCGGAUUGCUCAUAUUAGAGCCGGCCGGCUCGAAUUCCGAACUUUUGCUAUCUCUAAUGUUCUCGUCGGGAUUCGAACUUCAAGUCAACGACGAUUUUCAGUCGCGACGUCUGAAAUUGCAGAAAAAUCGCGAUUUUCAAUUGGCCUUCAAUAUUCGCCACGUUUUUCCGAUGCCACAACCACCACAAACUUUGUGA